AUGUCAGGUGUUUAUCGCCCAAAGCGUCAGCGCUACACACUUGAGCAGAGCCCUCAGGAUGAAGUGGAAGAACACGUAGCAGCUGCCCCCUCUUCUCAUGAGAAUUCAGCAGCUGUAGGGCUGUCUGCUCCUGGGACACCAAGUGAGUCCCAAAAUCCUGAGCAAACCACCACCACUUCCAGUGUGUUGAUCACAGUCGAUGAAGAAUCCACCCAGGAAGAGGGGAAUUCAAGUUCUGGCGAUGAGCCAAAUAGUGAAUCCUUGUUCACGCCUUCAAUAGAAGGCAAGGUGGCUGAAAUGAUGGAGUUCCUGCUCACCAAGUAUCAGACAAAGGAGCCCACCGUAAAGAUAGAUAUGCACAGGAUUGUUGAAGGAUAUGAGGCCUGCUUCCCUAUAAUAUUCCAGAGAGCCUGUGAGUGUAUAGAGCUCGUCUUUGGCCUCACUGUGAAGGAAGAUGAUCAUCUUGACAAUGGCUAUGUCUUCUGCAGUACCCUCGGCCUCACCUGUGAGGGGAUCCUGAAGAAUGACCAUGGCGUGCCCAAGGGUGGGCUCCUGAUGGUUGUCCUGAGUACAAUCUUCAGAGAGGGCAACUGUGCCACUGAGGAGAGGGUCUGGAAAGUGCUGAGUAGAAUAGGGGUGUAUCCUGGGAUUGAGCAUGCUAUCUAUGGGGAGCCCAGGAAGUUCCUCACCCAAGAGUUAGUGCAGGCAAAGUACCUGGAAUAUCGCCGGGUCCCCAACUGUCAUCCUGCUCUUUAUGAAUUCCUGUGGGGUCCAAGAGCCCAUGAGGAAACGAGCAAGAUGAAAUUCAUAGAGUUUUGGGCUCAGGUUAAUGAUACUAUUCCAAGUGCCUUCCCAGACUAUUAUGAGGAAGCAUUGAAGGAAGAGCGAGCCAAGGCCAUGGCCAGUUCAAGUGCUAGUCCCUGA